AUGAGCGGCCGCGGAAAAGGAGGAAAGGGACUCGGCAAAGGAGGCGCCAAGAGGCACCGCAAAGUGCUCCGCGAUAACAUCCAGGGCAUCACCAAGCCCGCCAUCCGCCGUCUGGCUCGCCGCGGCGGAGUCAAGCGGAUCUCCGGUCUGAUCUACGAGGAGACCCGCGGGGUGCUCAAGGUCUUCCUGGAGAACGUGAUCCGCGACGCCGUCACCUACACCGAGCACGCCAAGAGGAAGACCGUCACCGCCAUGGACGUGGUGUACGCUCUGAAGAGGCAGGGCCGCACCCUGUACGGCUUCGGAGGCUAAACCCGAUCCUCUAACAACACAACAACCCAAAGGCUCUUUUAAGAGCCACCCAACUACCUCAAAGAGCUCAUUCUUCAUAUUACAGACUGUAAAGUUCUUAAAUAUACAUAUCGUGCUAUGUAAUAAAUGGCCACUGACUAACAUGCAUCUACAAUCUAAAACUAACAAAUAUUUAAAGUCCCCACUAAAGGUGAGAACCAGUGAUUUGCAAUGCCACUCAAUUUCCAUACAACUGACUACAAAGUAAUCCCCAGGCUGGUAUUACCGAUACUAAUAACUUACAUAUUUUAUUUCUAGUUUAAUGUGACCUCCUGUUUCUGUCUCUGAGAGAAAUAAGGAGCAGCCUGUAGCCUUACCAAUUCAAAAUGAUAGCUGCAUAAGACAUAAAACUGUCAUUCUUUAAUUAGAUCUGCAUGAAAAUAAAAUAUUACUAUAAAUUA